CCCAAGGAGGCGCGGACGGGAUUUCCCCUGCCGGGCGUUGCCACUGCAGCAGACCAGAGGAAAGAGGGGACAGGAGACAGACGGUGCAAUGAGUUUCCAAACCAUCUCAGCGAUGUGGCCUCUGGCACUGUUGGUUUUGGCUGUCUUCCUUGUGUUUGUGACUAAAGAAGUCCCAUCCCUGUCGGCCAGUGCAAGCUAUCAGAGUCAAGAAGAGGACAAUCGUGAAGUUUUCAACUUGGGAGUUGGGGAUGGAUCAGAACAAGCAGGUGACGACCCGGGAUCAGGGUCUGCUAAUUAUCAUUCGGGGUCUGGAUCUGAGGACUUGGGUGAAGUCAAUGACGAUGACGAGGAGGAGAAAGAACACACGCCAAGAUUAAUAAUGGGAUUUACAAUUGGUGGUUUUCUUCUGUGCCUUGUGAUUGUAGGUGUAAUCUGCUGCUCCAUGACAAAAUGUGGAAAGAGCUGCAAAAGUCAUAUCAAUGCAACCAACAUCGCAGCAUCAAACCAGGAAUAGUUUCUUAUUUUUCCUACUACCAACACUCUAGUGAUGAUAUAUACAUGAUUUUUAUAACUCUUUCAGCAUGUUUUAACCUGUAUUAUACUCAAUCUCUUUUGUCCCUGACUUAAGUUUAUUUUUUCAGAAAGAAUG